GGUGCUUUAGAUCUGCUUGUAAGAAAGGCUCAUUUAUUAAUAGAAAAUGAGAAUAAUAAUCGUGCUGAAAGACUGAUGAAUAUCGUGGCCAGGUUCAAUCAAGGAAAAAGAUUGAAUUUUAUUCAGAGGGGUUCCUAUCAAAGACGUGUACAUUUAUCUGGAUUACGACAUAAUAAACAAUUCAAAUGGCAUUCUGAUCCUUAUAAGAAUUAUAUGGGCUGCAGUCCUGGUCAACAUUUCAAAAAAUUCAUUGCUCGAAAUUGCCGGAAUCAAGAAAUGAAAUGUCGCAAGAGAUUAUUAUCAACGGAUGACAAUGAUAAUGGCAAACAAAAAAAAUCUUCAGACACAAAGCGGAAAAGCGGAAAAAUAAAUACCUCAGUGAAUACAGACUAUGGACCUCACGCAGAUCAGCAGAUGAUGGACAACAAAUUACUGGCCGAAGAAGUAGACGUAAUUAUGAAAAGAUUACAGGUUACUGAACAAGAAAGGGAUCGCAUCCAAACUGAAUCAGUGGGGCAAUUCGGAAAUAUCAUUUUCGAAAAUGAGCGGAAACUGAGGUUGACAGCAUCAUUAUUCGGUAAAGUGAUCAAGCGAAGACCGUACACGUCAUGCCACAAUAUGGUGAAGGAAUGUUUGAAAUCAAAUCAUUUCUGGUCAGAAGCUACUGAUUAUGGAAUAGCAAAAGAGAAAGUUGCAAUUGGCAUUUUCGAGCGAGUUAAGAAUUUGCAAGUUCAGGAUUCUGGUUUUUGGGUCGAUCUCCAAUAUGGAUUUUUGGGUGCUUCUCCUGAUGGAAUUGUUUUGGGAGAAGAGUCCUUAGUGGAAGUGAAAUGUAUUUAUUCAGCUUCCAAAUUAGAAUUAAAAACCCAAACGAUAGAUGAAGUGUUAAACAUAAUGAAAGGUAGAAUAUGUUUAGAAAGACAUGAUAAUCAAAUACGAUUGAAACGGAAUCACAACUAUUAUUAUCAAAUCCAAGGACAACUGAACAUAGCACAAGCAUCGAAAUGUUAUUUCAUUGUUUAUAUCAACGAUGCUAUCGAUCUAUUUGUGGAAGAGAUAGAAAAAGAUGCCAAGUUUUGGGAAGAAAAAAUGUGUCCAAUAUUGAUUCAAUUUUAUAAGGAGUGCAUUGCCCCCGAAAUUGUGAUGGAUAAUUUAGGCAAAGGUAACAAAUGCAUAGAUCCCCCCUUUAUUACUGAAGCCAUGAAAUUGCAAGAUGCAAAAAGGAAGAAGGUAUCUAAUGUUGUGAAGCCGCGAGUGGUGGAUACUGAGAUGAAAGAAAAUGUUGAUAUAUUGAGGCAUGUUAUGGUUCCUGGCAAUUUAGUUACUAAAUUUCAAGACAUAGCUGAAGAAAAUACAUCCUCCAAUGUUGAAUCUUGUGGCAUCUUAACUGGAAUAUUACAGAACAAUGAACUGAAAAUCACCCAUUUGAUUCUACCAAAGCAGACAGGAACUUCUGACUCAUGUACGGCAUCACAUGAGGAAGAAGUACUGGAGUAUCAGGAGCAACACAAUUUAAUAACUGUUGGAUGGAUUCAUACUCAUCCCACACAAAAUGCAUUCCUUUCAAGUGUAGAUCUGCAUACUCAUUGUGCCUAUCAACUUUUGAUGCCAGAGGCCAUUGCAAUUGUUUGUGCACCGAAAUUCAGUCAGACUGAAUAUUUUCACCUAACUCCUGAUGGCAUUAAAUUUAUAAGCAGAUGUGAAAAAUCUGGUUUUCAUUUCCACUCAACUGAACUUACUCUUUUCAAACUGGCCGAUCAUGUUAAAAUAGACGACGAAGCACUUAUAAAUAUUAUUGACCUUCGAAAACAUUGAUAAUUUCAUUAUAUGUCAGUUCAGAACUAUAAUAAUGGAGUGGUUCGAAAAUAUGUUAUUGAAGAACCUGGAGAAACCCGCCACCCUUAUUGUAAUGGAUAAUGCAAGUUACCACAGCAUAGCGUCAAAUAAAGUCUACAUCGCAAGAAUUACAAAAAUGGCUCAUCAACAAUAAUAUUCUAUUUGGCGAUUGUUAACAAUGAAGGAAGAACGCAUCACUUGCGCAUAGUUGCAUUAAAACUUGAAGGGAUGGAAUAAUUACUUUAAUGAAUUCCUAUAUACGGAUAAUAGUGAAUAAGAUCGUUAGGGAUCUCACAACUCCAACUGGCUCAAAUUCUCAAACAACAUGACGUCAGGCAGAAGCCUUUACUAUCACCUACAGUCUUGAGCAACUGAUGAAUGAGCUCACUCGGAUCCCUGAUAUCAACAAUAAUUAUGCCGAUACGCUCGACCUAUUCCUCACUAACAAUACGGAACCCUAUGAAGUGGAAGUCCGUGCACCACUAGGAAACUCAGACCACAUACUUAUCUCCACGAUAUGUCCCUAUAGCACUCCGCGAAGCACUCCAACACCCCCACGCACUGUUUGGCAUUACAAUUCAGGCGACUGGGAUGGUCUUCGCAUGUUUUUUUCUGAUUUUCCUUGUCGAAGAAUGUGUUUUGAACCAGGAGAUCCUAUGCAAUGUGCCGAAGAGAUUCCGAAGAUUAUCAUGCUGGGAAUGAAAACUUAUUCAAUAAAACCUGUCGUCACUAGAACCGUCUAGAGUCGUCGCUAGAAGCAUCUAGAGUCGUCGCUUUGAAGCAAGCAGCAUACCGUUGUUGGAGUAGGAACCCAUGCCCGGAAACUAGAGCUGAAUAUGUCGAAGCCAGGAAUACAUCCAAUCAAACGAUAGUUGCGUCUAAAGAAGCAUACAACUCCAAGAUAAGAUCAAAGUUCUUCGAGUGCCCAAUUGGUUCCCGUUCGUUUUGGACCUUCACCAUGGCAAUUGGGAGAAACUUCACUACCAGCUCAUUCACUCCCUUCACAAAGGAUGAUAGUACAUUGACUACAACACCUUUGCCAAAAUGUUUGCAGACAAUUCUACUUUGGAUACACGAUACCAAGAUCUUCU